AUAAAUCCCCUAGGGUUUUGUUGUUUCUCUUACUCUGUUGCAGGCAAAAUCUAGAGUUUUCAAUCGACAAUGGUGGGAGUUUUCGAAGUAGGCGCUGUUCCGUUUAACCCUGACGGCUGGGGUCCACCCGAUUCCGCCGCCGCCGCAUCGAUCACCACUACUCUCCCUCUCCAUGUUCCCUUCGCUCCUUUCUCCCGCUCCGACAAGCUCGGCCGAAUCGCCGACUUCACCCGCUCUUUUCCUUCCUCAAACGCUAAUCCGUCCAACCGCCCUUCGUCGAGGCACGGGGCUGGGAACCCUGCCGACUCGCCCUUUGAUUUCUCCCUCGACGUCGACGCUUUCCCCUUGGCUAACCCCGAAGACGAUUCCUCAUUCCGUUUAGUCGACGCCAAGCCUCCGCCGCGGCCUAAGUUCGGUCCUAAGUGGCGUUUCAAUCAAAACAGACCUCAACUCCCUCAAAGGCGAGACGAAGAAGUUGAGGCCCGUAAACGGGAAGCCGAGAAAGAACGUGCCCGCCGUGACCGGCUUUACAAUCUCAACCGGUCUAACCAGAACCAGCAACGACGUGAAGCCGCGAUUUUCAAAUCCUCUGUCGAUAUUCAACCGGAAUGGAAUAUGCUCGAUCAAAUCCCUUUCUCAACGUUCUCCAAAUUAUCCUUUUCCGUUCCCGAACCAGAAGAUUUACUCAUCUGCGGCUCGUUAGAGUACUACGACCGGUCCUUUGAUCGAAUCACACCGAAGAACGAAAGGAGACUCGAACGGUUCAAGAACCGUAACUUCUUUAAAGUCACCACCACCGACGACCCAGUGAUACGCCGAUUGGCUAAUGAGGAUAAGGCGACGGUUUUCGCGACGGACACGAUCCUUUCAACCUUAAUGUGUGCACCCAGGUCAGUUUAUUCAUGGGAUAUUGUGAUUCAGCGUGUUGGGAACAAAUUAUUUUUCGAUAAAAGAGAUGGGUCUCAAUUAGAUUUGUUAUCUGUCCAUGAGACAUCUCAAGAACCAUUGCCUGAAGCUAAAGAUGAUAUUAACUCUGCUUAUUCAUUGAGUGUUGAAGCUGCAUAUAUAAAUCAGAAUUUUUCACAGCAAGUUUUAGUUAGGGAUGGAAAUAAGGUUAGUUUCGAUGAGCCGAAUCCGUUUGCCAAUGAAGGCGAUGAAGUGGCUUCAGUUGCUUAUAGGUAUAGAAGGUGGAAACUCGAUAACGGCAUGCAUUUAGUUGCUCGGUGUGAGGUUCAGAGUGUUGUCGAUGUUAAUAACCAGAAGUCGUUCCUUACUUUGAAUGCACUCAACGAGUUUGAUCCUAAAUACUCCGGUGUCGAUUGGAGACAGAAGUUGGAGACGCAAAGGGGUGCGGUUUUAGCUACCGAGUUGAAGAACAAUGCGAAUAAGUUGGCUAAAUGGACUGCUCAAGCGAUUUUAGCCAAUGCUGAUUUGAUGAAAUUGGGGUAUGUUUCGAGGGUACAUCCUAGGGAUCAUUUCAACCACGUGAUAUUGGGCGUUGUUGGUUAUAAGCCAAGGGAUUUUGCCGCACAAAUCAAUCUCAAUACCGCGAAUAUGUGGGGGAUUGUGAAGUCUAUUGUGGACUUGUGUAUGAAGUUGAAUGAAGGGAAAUACGUGCUUGUGAAGGAUCCAUCUAAACCUCAAGUUAGGAUCUAUGAGGUUCCUGCUGAUGCUUUCGAGAACGAUUACGUGGAGGAACCAUUGCCAGAAGAGGAACAGGUUCAACCACCAACCGAAGACCCCGAAGACGGGGAAGCAAAUGGCACUACAAAUGAUGUUGAAGAUAAAGAGAUUGAGGCACAAAAUUAAUGGUAAUGGUUGUUUGAACCAUUUCUUAAAUAUGUAUCUAUCCAUUAUAUGUUGUUUAAUACCAACUUCAUAUGUUAGCACUUGGCACUUGCCAUGUUUCUAAUUGUAUGAUUCAACUUCUUUUUGCAUAGCUUGUUUAGUCUUGACAAUGUACCAAAAUGCAAUCAAGUUUGAGGCAAAAAUGAAUUUGAGAGAAACCCCUUUAGUCA